UCGAAAUAGUCUUCAGAAAUAAAAAAAGAAGAAAGGAAUUGGACUAUUUUGUCGCUUACCACAAAAUACUACAUUUUGUGAUCUGAGACCCAGCACCAAAUGUUCCUCCUUCUUCACAAAGCAGAAUUCUUCUUUCCUAGGCUAGGGCCCAGGCUUAAUUGCUAGAUUGUAACCAUUUUUGCAAGCAAGGAGAGCAGAUUUCAGUGCAUACCAUUUUAGAACCGGUGUGGAUCUAGAUUAGAGAGAGAGCUGUUAGCCAUGGAGAAUCAAGAUGGGACUCAAUCUCUUCGGGCUCCGAAAUGUUCACGUUGCCGGAAUCAUGGUUUUGUGGUACCAGUCAAGGGUCAUGCUGGUCACUGCAGGUGGAAACAGUGCCCAUGUGAGAAAUGUUCUCUUAUCACUGAACGCCAGAAGAUCAUGGCUGCGCAGAAGGCCUUAAAAAGACAAGGACCAGAUUCACCACUUAGAGAGACCUUGCCUCCCACUCAGGGUAGGCCCAGUGAAGAAGGGGCAGCCAUUGCUAGCAGUAAGAAGGGCCUAAAAAUGAAUUCCUCAGAGUCUUCCACUCAUGGGUCAGUUGUGCAUGAGGGAAUUAAAGUGACUUCAGCAGUUAGCUCCAGUACCAGAACAGCGAAUAAUCCAACACCACCUAAACCGAGCUCUCCGACCUUCAUAGAUUUAGACCAUCCCAAUUUGCCUCAAGAAUGUAUUGCUGUGUGUCCAGAAUUUGGGGAGAGGGACCCCCCCAAAAUGUAUCCUGGUUACUCUGGGAUGUAUCCUUAUCCAUUUUCAAUGGGAUUCACUAUCAAUCAACCAUCUUACAGAGGUCCAUCUCCUGCACCUGUUUUGCCUCUACAAACAAGUUUCAGACACUUUUCCAGCAAUCAUGGACCAAGUAGUGUUCCUGCUUCUAUACCACUACAGGACACAGGUGGGGAUUUCCGGCCAGGAUACUAUACUCCACUGUCACCCUUUAUACCCCGAGGCUUUCUGCCAGGGAUUCACUACCUUCCACCACCUCUCCAGCUCAACCUUGUAACUGAAGCUACAAAGGAAACAUCUGUUUCCACUGAAGACAGCCAGGAUUCUGCAGUUAUAUGUAAGCCCAGCCAAACAUCUCAAGAAGAUGCCUCUGAAGAUUGUUCUUCAUAUAAUGAACAGUAAAUCUUCACCAUCUAAGUUGAACUAUUGCUUUCAAGUGCCGCCUUUCUAGAAAUGUUAUUUUGUAUUACUUUAAACUAUAUUGCUGCUAAUCCUAAUUUAUCGGUCAGAUAAAGUUAGAAUACAGCAGUUAUACAGUCCUAUUUGCAUUAUUGGUGUUUCAUGUUCACCUAAUAAGUCCCGCUACAAUUUGUUGUCUUGAUGCCAAGUUGCAAGUUUAGAAAGAUAUUCCUGUAUUGAAAAUCAUCACUGCAGUCCCCUAAUUGCAUGUCAGAUAGUGAAUGUAGGCAGAGCUCAGAAGUGAUGUAUAUUGUGAGAAGUCAGAUGUGCUUAGUAAGAUUGUGCUAGGAUUGUGCUAGAGAAGUCAGAUUGUGCUAAGAUUUUAUGGUAGAGUCAUAGAUAUCUAUGACUCUACCAUAAAAUCCUAGCACAAUUUAACAUAUUGCCCAGCCUAAGCUUUGGAAGGAAACAUACUGGUUAGCUUUAGGAUUUUCAACUUUUAUUAGUUGAUGCCAGUCUAUAGUGUUAGUAGUUGUUUGCUAUAGCAGCCUUUUUCAACCUAGUACUAUUGAUAUAUAUAUAUAAGUUGCAAUUAUGGAGUCAUGGUGCAACUGAAGGACAUCAAGUAAGGAAACACAUGAAAAGAUUAAUCUACCAAUUCCUCCAUGCUAAGCUGCUCUUAAAUUAUAAGAACAAGUAGUUCCUUUGCAGAUGCCGUGUUUCAAGUUGGAAAAUGGCACUAAGAAAAAUCUGGUUUUAGCUAAUAACUUUGUCUUAAUUGUAUUUCCAGUUUAGUUCCAUUACCUGUUGUAAAAAUACUUAUAUUAGCCUGUUACAAUAAAACAUUUUCAAAUGGUG